AUGUCCGAAGAGAGCCGUUUGAAAGAUUUCCAGGAGGCGAACAAGAUUGUUUUCGAUCCAAGCACAAGGUCAGUAUGGGAAACUCAGGAAAAGAACUCAGCAGGAGGGCCUAGAGGGUCCAAAACGGAGGAAGACGACGCUCAUAGUGCUACAACGUCUGGCAUAGUACCUACGCUGCAAAAUAUCGUCGCUACAGUGAACUUGGAUUGCCGAUUGGACCUGAAAACAGUGGCUUUGCAUGCGAGAAACGCAGAAUACAACCCCAAGCGGUUUGCCGCCGUGAUUAUGCGUAUCAGAGAGCCUAAGACCACGGCACUGAUCUUUGCGUCAGGAAAGAUGGUUGUAAUUGGUGCAAAGUCAGAAGAUGACUCGAAACUAGCCAGCAGAAAGUACGCCCGUAUUAUACAGAAAAUUGGUUUCAGUGCCAAGUUCACAGACUUCAAGAUUCAGAAUAUUGUGGGCUCGUGCGACGUUAAAUUUCCCAUCCGGCUCGAAGGCCUGGCGUUCUCGCACGGAACUUUCUCGUCCUACGAACCGGAGUUGUUUCCGGGUCUCAUCUAUAGAAUGGUUAAACCAAAGAUCGUGCUGCUGAUUUUCGUGUCUGGUAAAAUCGUGCUCACGGGUGCCAAACAAAGAGAAGAAAUCUAUCAAGCUUUCGAAGCUAUUUAUCCCGUGUUGAGUGAAUUCCGGAAGUUGUAG